AUGACGGCCGCCUCGCAGGACAGCUUCAUGUUCACCGUCGGCAAGCUCGAUGCCGGGAUGGCGAUCCUGCUCGGUGAGCGCGCCCACCUCAUCGAAUUCCCGUCCCUGCUCCUCCCCCCGGGCGUCACCACCGGCUCCAUCGUCAACAUCGCCGUCCAGCGCAAUACGACCGAGGAGAAGAAGCGCGAGAACGACUUCUGGGACCUCCAGCACCACAUCCUCGACGCCUUUGGCACCCACACCCCCCAACACCCCAAGCUCGAGCUCCGGAAUGUCACCCAAACCUCCGUCACCCUCGAGUGGCCCCGUCUCCAGCUCGCGACCGCCAAGCUCCGCUCCCUCGACCUCUACCGUGACCGCCAGCGCGUCGCCGCCAUCCCGUCCCCGACGACCAACACCUCCACGAAGGUGUCCGGCCUCCAGCUCGACACCGAGUACACCUUCCAGCUCGUCCUCCGCACCACUGCCGGCCUCUGCCCCUCCAACCAGCUCACCGUCCGCACCCACACCAUGACUGACACCUCCGGCAUUUCCGUCUGCUUCGGCACCGUCGAGGACGAGCUCAUGCUCGAGAACGCCAAAAUCGACACCACCCACUUCGUCUGCACCACCCCCGCCGCGACCCCCACCGGCGCGAACGUGACCAACAGCAUCGCGACCGGCCCUGGCGUCGAAUACCAGAAGGCGCUCCAGCUCAGCAUCCCUGUCGUCCAACCUCAGUGGAUUCUCGCCUGUCACGCCGACAAGAAGAUGAUGCCCAUCCGCCCCUUCUACCUCGGCGAGCACCCAUCCUCUCCUUCCCACUUCCGUCCCCAGUCCAUGUCCCAGGCCACCCUUCCUUCUCCCUCUCAACGGAGCAGCACCUCUUCCCCGACCCAACAGAAGGCCGCGAAUCGCCAGUCCAUGCCUCCCCAGCGCGAACCAGAGACGGGCGAGGACGAGGACGAGGACCAACCGGGCCGGACGCGCAAAGGUACGAUGAGCAAGAACUUCAAGUUCCCUCCCGCAAGCCCUUCUCAACCACCGCCGCCGGUGCCUUCCAUUCCAGACAUCCCUCCCACCAUCUCCGUCACCGACGUCGACGACGCGCCACAAGCCCCGUCGGCCGACGCUCCGCAGACGCCCCCAAAAGUCGAGAGCGGCCACGCUCCGCAGGACUUGGACAGCGACCUGACUCCGGUCGCCGUCGUGACGCCGUCGAGCGUCCAAGUCCCUCCUCCCCCUCCGGUCGACAAAGAGCGUCCGCUCGCCAAUGGCAACGACCUCGACGACGACGUCGGAGAGACGGAAGAGAUUUCCCUCAACUGA